AUGUACAAGAUCACUCACAACUGUGUGAACAGAGGGUUCAGGGACGACAAGGGCUACAUUCUGUACCCUCAGAUCGGGGACCGGCUGGACCUCAUCUGCCCACCGCUGGACACCGCCAGGUCCACGCCGGAGUACGAGUUCUACAAGCUCUACCUCGUGUCGACGCGGGAGCAGGCGGACCGCUGCGAGGUGAUGGGGCCCCCCAACAUCGUGCUCACGUGCGACGAGCCCACCCGCGAGCGCCGCUUCACCAUCAAGUUCCAGGAGUUCUCGCCCAACCUCUGGGGCCACGAGUUCAAGAGCAUGCAUGACUACUACAUCAUCG